AAUUCCAUACUUUAAUGGGGAAAUCCACGAGGCCAGAGUCUGAAAACUACUCUAAUUUACUGGAGAAGCCAGAGCAGAGCCAUGGGCAGCUUGUGUCUUCCUUCUGCUUUCUCUCCUCGUAUUCGCAAUUUGACUGCAAGAAAUUCCAUGGCAAUGGUGGGUUUGCUCUCUUAUCCGCCCAACACCUUGCCUCCGCCCUUCCUCACCAAAACCUUCCGCUUCAUUUCACUUUCAACUGAAACAAAACCGCCCAGAAAACUUUUCCAAGCAGUGAGAUCAGUGGCUACCCCUGCAGAAGGUAUUGCUGGGUUUGAGAGCAUGAUCUCUGGAACAGAGCGAAAGUAUUACAUGCUAGGCGGAAAAGGAGGUGUUGGAAAGACAAGUUCUGCUGCUGCUUUAGCUGUGAAGUUCGCGAACAGUGGCCACCCCACGCUUGUUGUUUCUACUGAUCCAGCACAUUCGUUAAGUGAUUCAUUUGCUCAGGAUUUGACUGGCGGUACACUCGUUCCAGUUGAAGGUCCUGACUCUCCAUUAUUUGCUCUUGAGAUAAACCCUGAGAAGGCUAGGGAGGAAUUCCGUAGUACAGCUCAAAAUAAUGGUGGAACCGGCAUCAAAGAUUUCAUGGAUGGCAUGGGCCUUGGAAUGCUUGUAGAGCAGUUAGGAGAGUUAAAACUUGGAGAAUUGCUGGACACACCGCCUCCUGGUUUGGAUGAAGCUAUUGCAAUUGCAAAGGUCAUUCAAUUUCUCGAGUCUCCAGAGUAUAGCAUGUUUACUCGAAUAGUUUUUGACACAGCACCCACGGGGCAUACUUUACGGCUUUUAUCCCUGCCAGACUUCUUAGAUGCUUCCAUUGGCAAAAUAUUAAAGCUUAGACAAAAAAUAGCUUCAGCAACCUCAGCCAUUAAAUCUGUAUUUGGACAAGAAGAUAAGCGGCAGGAUGCAGCUGACAAAUUAGAGCGAUUGAGAGAGAGAAUGAUAAAAGUUCGUGAGCUUUUUCGUGACAAAGAUUCUACAGAAUUUGUCAUAGUUACAAUCCCCACGGUUAUGGCUGUGAGUGAAUCAUCAAGGCUGCAUGCUUCUCUGAAAAAGGAAUCAGUUCCAGUCAAGAGGCUUAUUGUGAAUCAGAUUCUUCCUCCGUCCGCAUCAGAUUGCAAGUUUUGUGCAAUGAAAAGAAAGGAUCAAUUGCGUGCUUUGGAUCUCAUCCGAAACGAUCCAGAACUCUCGAGCUUGAUACUGAUCGAGGCACCACUAGUUGAUGUGGAGAUUAGAGGUGUUCCAGCUCUUAAAUUUCUUGGAGACAUCAUUUGGAAAUGAUUAUGCUGUACAAGAAAACACAAAGAAAUUUGCAGGAAGGAAUCUCGUCGUCACCUCAAAACUAACUUUGGAAGACAACAAGGACGCUUAGGUUAUUAAAAUUUCGAUGCAAGGGCCGAGAACUGCACAUCGCACAUCGCUUGUUUGGAUUAGUGAACACAAGUUGAUUUCAUUUUCUCACCAUUGAAACCUUGGAGUUGAGGGAUUGAUGUUCUGAACUAUUCAUUCAAUAGGUGCAUAACAAAGAAAAACAAAUAAAUUAUGGGGUCAACUGUUUGUAUUAGUGCUUUCACUGCAUCACAUAGAUGUUUGAAUCACAGUUUUUGUUGAAAUUAGUGACAAUAUUCCUAAUGAAAUUGAAAGGUGACAGGGAUGUGGAUGCAACCAAUAACUUCCUCAAUGUAUUAUUAAAUUAUUUA